GAAUUUGCAAUAUUUCUUUCGAUUGCCCUGCCAGCCAAGACGAGCGUACCACGACGAACAUAAAGAAAUAAGGCGUUUACUCGCCUGUAUAACUGCAAUUGCUGGCCAAUUUGAUAUAUAGAUUGAGUUUAACACUGUCAAGUCAAAAAUGAAUCCAGAAUAUGAUUACCUGUUCAAACUUUUGCUGAUUGGAGAUUCAGGUGUUGGAAAAUCAUGUCUACUAUUACGAUUUGCAGAUGAUACAUACACGGAAAGUUAUAUCAGUACCAUUGGAGUAGACUUUAAAAUCCGAACGAUCGAACUUGAUGGUAAAACUAUAAAACUACAAAUUUGGGAUACAGCUGGUCAAGAGAGGUUUCGAACUAUUACUUCAAGUUAUUAUCGUGGAGCACAUGGUAUUAUCAUCGUUUAUGACGUCACUGAUCAGGAAACCUUUAAUAACGUAAAACAAUGGCUUCAAGAGAUCGACAGGUACGCAUGCGAAAGCGUCAAUAAAUUAUUGGUUGGUAACAAAUGCGAUUUAACGACAAAGAAAGUGGUCGACUACACAACAGCUAAAGAAUUUGCUGACUCCUUGGGCGUUCCGUUUUUGGAGACUAGCGCUAAGAAUGCCACUAAUGUUGAACAAGCGUUUAUGACAAUGGCGGCUGAAAUUAAAAACCGCAUGGGUCCGCCACAGACAGCAGCUGACAGUUCGAGUAAGAAAGUGCCACUGACCCAGGGUAGCCCGGUUAAACAAGGCGGAGGUGGCUGCUGUUAGGCUUUUUCACUCUUGUGUAUUCAUUUCUAAAUACAACUGUUGUUUUAUACUGAGAGCAUCUAGAAGGUAAGGUGCAAGCAACGCAAAAAAUUUUGUAGUCAUGGCGACGAGGAGUGGUGCCAAUACCACUUCAUGUUAAGUUGUCUACAGAGUUUCGUAUUUUGUUUAUGUAUUCCUGCAAAAAUCUUCCGUCUGUUAAUCCUACUUGUAAUUCUUGAGAAUUUUGUUUUAUAAAAUGUUACCUUGUUUUGUACCCAAGCUUUGUUGUUGUGUCUAAGCUUCUUUUGAACACGUCAGGGUGCCAGUCGAUUGUAUAUAUAUAAUAGUGCAAAAAUUUUCAUUAAUGCUAUAUUAUUUUCUUUUAAAUUGUUGUAAUGCUGCUAUAGAAUAUAAACUUGGGAAUAUCGAACGAUAUAAUAGUUUA